UGUCCAGGUACAUGCUUUUGAAAUAAUUUCGGAUACCGACAAACAUACAGAAGACCUGAUAUUCAAUGACACACAUGUAAACAUGACACGUGAAAUCAUUGCAGAUCUUCAACAGGAAGCACGUAACUGGCGACCAGAGAGUAGAUGUGAAGGUUUUAGGAUAGACACAUUGAUUUGGACACACAAUGGUCGUGAUUUUAACAAUGUAGGCUAUGUCUCAAAGGACGGUAACUUGGUUGUUUUUGCAGACCUGUUUCCAAAUACAAAAUAUGGUUACAAUGGAAGGCUAUUUCAAGUCUCUACUUUGCAUUAUGAACCAUUCGUUGUAAAAAUGGUAGAAAACGGCAAUGUUACAUACGGAGGUAUUUGUAUGGAACUGCUGAACGAAUUGUCAAAGACUCUCAAUUUCACAUACAAUUUAACCGAACCGGAGGAUCAAACAUGGGGUGUUCCUGUAUCACAGUCAGGAGACAAAAUAAUAUUCAACGGAAUGAUUGGACAACUUCAACGAGAGGAAGUUGACAUUGUUGCAGCAGACAUCAGUAUUCAAAAAGAGCGGGAAAUGGUUAUGGAUUUCAUGUUUCCGUAUUAUUACGGCUAUACUUCCGUUCUGUUGAAAAAACCAGAUCCAAACGCCCGAAAAUGGAGGACGCUUGUAGAUCCAUUAAGAUGGGAAGUGUUGAUGACGAUAGGCAUCUGUCUUCUACUUGCUUCCCUUAUGGCUUUUCUACUAGAAAAAUUUAACCCAUUUUACAAUGAUCCUGAAAACGCUCAAAUAGCAACACAGAACUAUGGACUACACACAUUCCACGACUCAUUCUGGUAUAUGUACGGGGCAUUAUUGUCACAAGGUGGGGUCAACUUACCAGAAUCUGUGGCAGGGCGUACAUUUGUCAGCUGUUGGUGGCUAUUUUCAAUUGUGGUUGUUGGAACUUACUGUGGAAACCUCAUUGCUUUCCUCACUGUUACUAAAGAUAAACCCCCGUUUGAAACUUUAGAUGAAAUGGCAGAUUUAAAAGGAGAUUAUAAAUGGGGUUUCCAAGAAGGAACACACUGGGAACAUGUUUUCAAAACAUCAAAAAAUAAAGAAUUUAGACGUAUUGGUGAUGCGCUAAUGGAAUUCAAUGAGACAGACCCUUCUGUCUUUUCAAAAGACUUUAAAACUCAACUGGCUAACGUAAAAAAGGGAAACUACGGCUGGAUAGGCGACACUGUUGUCAUUGAAAUUGAGAUGGCAAAAGACUGUGAGCUGAUGAUGAUCAAAGAAAAGUUUUUACCCCUCAAAUAUGCGUUUGGGUUCACGAACAAUUCACCACAUGUUCAAAUAUUUACAAAACAAAUUCUUUCCAUUCACGAAUCUGGGCUUUUACAAGUUUGGAAAAGAAGAUGGUGGCCAAAGUCUAAGGAAAUUUGUGCAGAAUCAAUUAUUGCAGAAGCAAAACCUAUUUCUAUAAUUGACGUUCAAAGUGCAUUCUAUGUGGCUGCAGGCGGAGGUUUUAUAGGAUUCUGUGCUUUCCUUAUUGAAGUAUGCGUCGGCUGGUUGAAACAAAAACGAAAGGAAAGACUCUCGCAAGGAAAUAGGUCAGGCGUAGAUGUCAAUAGUAUCGUACUGAAUGUAAAUGAAACAUAAACCAUACAUCAUGACAUAGUUGCUACCGGAGGGAUUUCAUCUUUUACAAUUUAUGAUGACCAGCAAUUCAUUUUUAAUGUUAGGGAAGAAAGAGGACUUAUUAUUGCCUCUGCACUAAUACUCACCAUUUGUAAAUAUGGAAUGUGUAUUUGAUUUUCAUAUUUGUUUUCAUCAUUUGUUGCUUUAAACAUUUAUAC